AGUUGCGUCACUCUGCGAUAUUACUUCAGAAGUCUCAGUUAAAAACUGACGUGCAUUGACUUAUCUCAAUUGGCUUUGAGUAUAAUUUCUUUUAUAUGGCUAAUAUUUUAAUUACUGGACCAAAUUUGUGAAGUAGUUUUUGUCUUUUUAUGUAAAUGUUUGAUGUUUCUCACCCAUGGCGAAAAGUGUGGAUCCAGAACAACCAGAUAAUUAUGGAUACGUUCCCAAAACAUCGUUCGACAACUUCACGAGAACCGAGAUCAGCUCUUCCCAUGAUGCCAAUGGAGUUUUGUCUCAAAAAUUUCCUAAAGUAGCCGACUCCAAGAAGUCCAAAUGGGCUCAUGUCAAAACUGCUCUCGGCAAUUCAGGAGAAGCCCUCAUUCCAGAGAUUAUUGGAUCCCAGAAUGUGUUCUGGGUUCUAUUCUGGGUACUCGCCUACGUCGGUUUGACUACAGUUUUCAUUUUUCAAAUGUCAACUCUUGUCACAAGUUACCUCGAGUUCAAAGUCGACACCCAAAUUUCGAUCGUGCGGAACACUGAGUCAACUUUUCCGAGUGUGGUUGUUUGCAACGCGAACCCUGUUCGGAAGAGUAUCAUUUCCAAGAUCACAAAAUACCAGGGACUUGGGAAUCUGGACGCUUUUGUGACGAGUACCAUGUACUCCACUGCUGCGGCUGAUAUGGGAAUGACUUUCUAUGUAUCCUGUAAUGAUGGAGAGGUGCAAUGUCCUGACUCCGUAUGUAUCCCAACUGCGUGGAUAUGUGAUGCUUACACAGACUGCAGCGACGGAUGGGAUGAAGGCAACACCACUGCAAGUCCUUAUGACUGUGCCACUUACUCGCCAAAUGGCACCUACGAGCUGUUCAACCCAGAUGGCUACUGCAACAUAGGUCUCGUUAAAUGCGGAUCAGAUCCCACUUGUGGAGUCCCAUGCGAUAACAACACAGAAUGUGCCGAUGGGUUCGACGAGUCGGAGCAGUUGAACUGCACCCAGUAUUACACUUGUGGUGGGGACUUGACGGCCACCGGGUCAGACCAGACUUUCGCUUCUGAGAACUACUUGAGUGGGAGCUACCCAGCCGGCAGCCACUGUAUUUGGAUCAUUUCCGCACAAAGUGCAUCGGAUAUCGUAGAGUUGACAUUCGAUAACAACUUUGGUAUAGAGGCGAGCAACGACGGCCACUGCGCAUACGACUAUUUGCAGAUUCGAAACGGAGCCACUGAGUCAUCACCAGCCUUCUUCUUCAGUUCGGGAAGCAAACUCUGUGGUUAUACGGCGCCCCCCAAUCCAAUUCAGUCAACGGGUCAAUACAUGCUGCUUCUUUUCCAUACGGAUAAUUCCGUGCAAGAUAUUGGGUUUAAGAUAAGCUACAAAUCGGUCACUCCCUCAGCCCGAGCUAGACGUGACCUCUUGACUCGGAAUCUAACAAUUCCCCCAGCAGAUGGGGUUGCUUUUAAUCUAGCACUAUACCCAGAGCAGGACGAUAAGAAAGAGCUGAGGCGCGAACGUCGUUCCAGUGGCUCCGGAUAUAGCUCGAGCUACCCCUACGGUGGCAGCUCUAGCUACACUUGGGGCAGUGGCAGUGGCACUGGCGGUUAUUACGGUUCAACUACUUAUGACUCUAAUUUCUGGGAUAACUACAAUUCCUGGUACGAUUCCUUUGACCCAUAUGCUAACUUUGACAAUGACGGUCUCUCUGAGUACAAUUGGCCCAAAGCCUACGAGCUCUCAGAAGCUCUGGAUUAUUCCGACCUUCGGCCAUUUGCUCUGUUUUCGAAUGAGGAAGUUCGCUUCUUCGGAACUCAAGCAAAUGAUUUUAUCGCCCAGUGUACUUUCGAUGGCCGGGUCUGCAAUGGUGAAAGCUUCCACCAGUUCCAAAAUCCGGAGUUCGGAAACUGCUAUGUGUUCAACUCUAUAUUCAACAGUUCGUUUGAAAGCGGUCUUUAUUCUACGCUGAGAAACACAUCAAAAACCGGCAAGAAAUUCGGCUUGAAGCUGACACUGUUCUUGGACAAAGACGAGUAUAUUGGCGUUUUAAGCCAGAGCUCAGGCGUUCAUGUGUUGGUAAAUGCCCCCUACGUGCCCCCCAUGCCUGACUCUGACUCAUGGGUGACGUCUGCAGGAGCUGCCACAAUGAUAUCCGUCAAACAGGAAGUCAUUACCCGCAAAGGGGGCAAGUACGGGGAGUGUCUGAAAGUAUGGCCUGACUUCGUGGCCCUGGACACAGACUUCACCAACCAGUGGCCCAGGUAUGACCAGAGAGCGUGUGAAAACUACUGCAUUGAAGCUGAGAAGUACCGCAGAUGUGGAUGCGUCACCGACUACUACGAUAGUGUACCAUUGUGUUCAUCGUGGAAUAAAACUGCGCGAGAGUGCCAAGUAGCGGUGAAUAAAGCGUAUCGCAACAACGACUUCGUCUGUCCCUGUGGACCAGCAUGUGACGACGAAUUCUACUCGAAAGAAGCAUCCAGUGCUCAUUGGCCCAAUAUACAUUACACCUCCUACCUAAUACAGCGACUGAGGAAAUACACGACUUCCCCAAGGAUUCAGCAAUUUCUGGACGCCACUUUAUCCAACGAGAAUGCAUCCAUUGCAGACUUAACUGAGGAAAUAAGAAGCAACUUUGCCAGAGUCGAAGUGUUUUUCCAGAACCUGAACUUCGAGAUAAUUCAAGAACAACCCAGGUACACUCUGACCCAGCUCAUCACUGACUUUGGUGGGAAUGUCGGUUUAUGGAUUGGCUGGAGCGUGUUGACAUUCCUUGAAAUUGUUGUCUUUGCUGUGAAUAUUGUCAAAAUAACAAUACAUGGAAAAAUCUGAGUACACAUGACUCAUUGAGGCUUGCUAUGUAGAUAUCAAAAGAUAAC